UUUCCCAAUUACUGUACACCAAAACGGACUAACUGUCGUGGUCAACAAAUCUGCCUCCCAACUUUCAAGAUGCCGAGAAAAAAUAAAAGAUCCCAGGCACAAAAGAAGCGCUGGAAACCACUUGACCUGGUCGAUCCUGCUGUCCCAAUGCUCACUGGCCACAACCAAGAUGAGGCAGUCAGUAGUUUUCCAUCUGACCAGCAGACGGCACCAGCCAGGUUAUCUUUGGAAACACAGGAUAGACCCACCUCCUUAUGUUCCUCAGGUACCAAGCAGACAGCACCAGCCAGCUUGUCCUUGGAAACGGAGAAUAGACCCACCUCCUUAUGUCCUCCAGGCAGCAAGAGUUCAGAAACUCGUCCACCAGCAAAACGAGUCUGGGCAACCGAUGAUUUCCACACGGCAUCAAAUUCUCCACCUAAAAGGCCUUUCCACAACACAAAUGAAGAACUACUGACAGAGGAGCUACAGAGCAACGCAGUUCAGCACUUCUGGUGUGUCAGUGCAACUCAUUGUCAAAGUGAUAAAAGGUACACAAAAUUCUCCCGAAAUCAUCAGUGCACAUGUAAUGCCCUCACAUUCCUGACCUACCUUAAUGAGGAACACCAGUUCAACACAGCCCGACUUGAUAAGGUGCUUGAACAGGGAGAUGCACUCUACUGUAGGAUUAAAACAAAUCUUCAGCAGGAGAGGCGUUAUACACAAGAUCAUCUGACCAUGGAGGACCUGCCCAAAGAAGUUCAUGCUGACAUAAAUGUCUACAGUGUGAAAAUGGACAACAUAAGGUAUGGAUACCUGAAAGCAGCAGACAAAACCUAUCAAAGAAAAGGGUGGUGGUUGCCUCUUGCUAGUCGCCUUGUAAUGUCUGUCAACAGAUGUGAACUAUGCUUUGCUCAUGGUUUCACCUCAGUGCAUUGCAGUUUUCCGUGACAAAUCUGGGAGGUAUGGAUUAUUUGAUUCACAUUCAAGAAGUGCAGCAGGUUUGCCCCAGCCAAAUGGAACAGCAGUCAUGCUCACUUUCACUCAUGUGAAUGACCUGAUCACCCACCUGCAUAAUCUUUUUCAAAAUCAAGGCAGGUAUGCAAGAUAUGAGUUUGUGCCUGUUUCUUUCAAAAGAGUCAGCACUCACAACGAACAGCCUGCACAGUCAACUCAAGCAACACCAGGAGCAACAGCUACAUCAUCACCACGAAAUGAUGAACCACAAAUCACAAAUCCCACUGUGCAAGUGCCUCAACCAGAAUCAGCCCAAACCUACAUGACAAUGUUAGAAAGUGCUUUAAACCCACAACAAGACAAAAUGGCUUCAAAUCAAAUUUGUGAACAUCAACUUGAAACAUCUGUUGAUCCAACAAGCAACAUCCAAACAGAACAACAAGAAAAUCUUGAACUCAAUAAUGAAAGAGAUAAAGUCAUAGAUAAA